AUGUCGCAAGAUCAGUCACAUCCCAGUCGGCAGGACUCGCUUUCUGCUACGGCUCGCGCCCGCCACAGGCAGCUCAUUCGCCUCGCCAUGUUCCCGUCCGUACCUCACCCGAGCGCUGUAGCGCCCGAUGUAACGCAAGCACCAAUAGAUCGGCAUAGCCUGCGCUCGAGGAUAUACUACGGCACACAAGAGUUGCGGCCAAACGCAGUAAAUCCUCAGCCCAGUGCUGAAGAUAUAGCACGCAGAUCACGGAAAUCUGGAGUUCGGUUUGGUACACACGACACACCCAUACGUGAUGCAUCGGGAAGACGCCAAUCUAAGAUCGGGGACAUGGAAGACAUCACUUCCGGCCUCAAUACUGCGCUGACGUCAAGGAGCAAAGGCGUAUUUACUUACUCACAAUGUGACGAACAAGCUAUGAACGCCAAUGAGACGCAGAACGGGACCACGGAAGAGCCGAAAUUGCCGGACGCGCCACGCACAAGAAUGAAGACAUGUCAUGAUGAAGAACAAGGCUUAGGUGAGAGCUUUGAGAUGGUACAGUAUGAGGACGAAUUGACUGAAGACUUUGAAGAGGUCGACCGAGACAUUCCGACGGCCUUCAAUGGCAAGGUGCCACGUUGA